UGUUAUCUCUCCUUUUGCUUCUCCUACACAUUCAUUUAUCCACUUACUCAUUUGCUCAUUUAUUUCGUUUUCUACAUUAAACUACUACCAUGUCAUUCCCAAGCCUCGUCUCCGGCGGAGCAGAAUGUGGGCCUGCUAACCCUAUGAAUGGACUGGUCAAGAACUUUUCUCAAGAUAGAACCCUUCAACAGGAACGUUUUGCAUCCGGUUCACAGCAUGCCGGAAGCAGUUCCUCAGGUUUCCGAACGGCCCGUCCUAGGCAGCAAGGCCCAGACCAGUUUUCACAAGAGUUCUUACAGCAAGGUGCUGGCGGCUCACAGGAUUUCUUUGAAUUCAAUGAAAUGGGCAAGGAACUGGAGGGUAUUCAUCAUGCUCAGAUUGUUCCUGCACCCAUGGGACCCGAUUGGGCACUGGAUUUUAUGCAACAAAACGCUAGAUCUCAGCAUAUCCCACCCGAGUUUCAUAAUGAUACACAGCUCCAAGAGUUUGAAAGUGUGUUCAGAAACGCACAGCAGCAGCAUCAGUAUCAACCACAAAUAGGAGGUUGGCAAGCAGAAUUUACUGCGUUUGAGCAACAACACGGUAGAUUGGACCAUGGACUGCAACCGGAUCAAAUUGAAGCCUUUGAACGAGCCUUUGAAGAUGCCAAGAACGUCAGUCAAUGGGAAUCCGAGUUCAAGGCUGAGCAUGGCAUCACGAUUGCUCCACAGAGCUGGGCUGAAGAGUUCACACAACAGGAGGGUGGUCUUCAAACCGAUCAAGAUAGUAAGGAAGCUCUUGCAAAAACUGCAGGAUUAUUGUUGGAUUCUGUGGACACACAGGGCAAUGAAAAGUUUAAAAACUCGUCCUUCAUGAACUUUAUCAGACGGCUGAGAGACCAAGAGGUUGCUAUUGAAGGAAACAAGCUGGUUGAGCAAACAGCACCCGUUACUGCUACUGCAACAGCAGGAAGUGAUUGGGCCGCUUCAUUCAACCAACAACAAGAUAGAGGCAAGGGCAAAGCAAAAGCUGCGGAUUGGUCUUCAGAAUUCCAAGAAAAGCAACAAGAAAACAGUGGUAGUACUUGGUCUACAGAGUUCGAGAAACGGAUCGAGCAACAUAUAAAGAACAGAGAACCUGGUGGUAUGUGGUCAAGCGAAUUCGCCAAGCAGCAAGAAGCAGGCUGGGCAGAGGAGUUCGAAGGCGUCACAAGGGCUAUGGGUGGAGGUGCAGGUGCAGGAGACUGGGCACAGCAGUUUAAUGCUUCACGGAAAGAGACAGCACAAGACUGGGUCAACGAAUUUACAUCAUCUAAUGCGGCCGAUGAGCUAGAACAGGCCUUUCAGCAACAUCAGCAACAGGACCAUGGUGAGAGCUGGGUUGAAUCAUAUCGAAAGAAUAUUGCUCAUCUGGCACAGGAGCCUGGAGACAAGGAGUGGGAUUCGCUGCAAAAGGAUUGGGAGAAGCAAGAUGUCACUGGAUUAGGGUAUAGAGCCACAGAUCCCCGGUAUCGGACUUAUGCCUUUGAGCAGAAUAAUCCUUACAUGGUAGCCGAUACAACAAAGUUGAUGGAUAUAGCUGCCAGAGGCAAUCUGACAGACUCAAUCUUAGCUCUUGAAGCCGCAGUACAAAAGGACCCCACAGAUGCGGCAGCAUGGCAUCAAUUGGGAUUGAGACAACAAGAGAAUGAGCGUGAAACGAUGGCUAUCGCGGCGCUAGUCAAGGCAGUGGAGGCGAACCCCAAAGAGUUGAAUGCCUGGUUGGCAUUGGCAGUUUCAUACACAAACGAGAACUGCAGGGUAGAUGCAUAUGAUGCCCUCCAGUCCUGGGUCGAGAAUUCAGACCAGUAUAAAGGCGUAAAGAACGCUGUCUCUGGAGGACAAGGUCGCUCUGCUCAAGAGAGGCAUGAGUAUGUUACUGGAUUAUUCUUGGAGGCUGCUAGAAGUAAUCCAGGCGAGAACUUGGAUCCAGAUGUACAGAUUGCACUCGGAAUCUUGUUCAACGUCUCGGAGGAGUAUGAGAAGGCUGUUGACUGCUUCCGUGCUGCCUUGAACCUUCGUCCCGAUGACUACAUGCUCUGGAACAAAUAUGGCGCUACUCUUGCCAAUUCUCACAACACGUCAUCAGCAAUUGAAGCUUACUUCAAUGCUCUGAAUAUCAACCCUUCCUAUAUCCGCGCACGAUACAAUCUUGCGAUCGCUUGCAUCAAUCUGGGUCAGCACCGCGAGGCUGCUGAGCAUCUGUUGAGUGCAUUGUCAUUGCAGAAUGCAGGGGACGCAGCACGGGGACUGAUGGUGGGUGCUGCUUCAACAGCAGGUUCCCAGUCAGAUGGUGGUAUCGGCGGCAUGUCCCAGAAUGUAUGGGAGACACUCAAGAUGACCAUGUACAUGCUGGGCAGAGCAGAUCUUGCACAUCGUUGCGAAACCACAAGGGAUCUUGAUGCCUUCCGGAAUGAGUUUGAUUUUUAGAAAAAUAUAUCGAACAAUAUUUAAUAACAG